UUUGGAUUUCGCCAUUAGACCAGGAGAAAUAGACCACUUGCAAAAUGAGCCCGGGUUUUUCUUGAAAUUUCCUAUCACCAGUGCCGUAUUUAAUGUUAAUAGGAGCGACUGCUCAUCUUCGCAAAAGAAAAAACAGAAUGAUGCUGCUGAAGACGUGCUGUCCUGCUUGCGGUCACGUCUCUGUUUCCACAUUGAUCCCGCUGCUCCUCCUGACUUUCCUUUCACUCGUCGACAGAGCGACUGCAUUCACAGUCAAGCUGGAGUCCGAGCGGAAAACACAUCAGUUGCGUCUCUCCGUACAGCGAGGUGGGCCGCUGCAACGGGGUGGUUUUAGUACGACAAAAGAACAAGCAGCUCCUACGGCAACGGCACACCAAGGAUCAAGUUCAUCAAGAGCUACUUCUUCGCCUAGUAGAACAAACGAGUUUCGCCGUUUGUUCUUCCAGCCAAAGCAGGCAACAGUGCCUCGACCGCAAGAAGAAGAUGACGUGGUUGAUCCUGCUGUGGCUGUCCAAGAACUCGAGGAACCAAAAGCUGCGAGAACAACCUCGCGACCGGCGGUCGUUGAGCAGGGAGCUGGUGGUCCAGAUGAUUUUGACCAAACCUCUGUCCUCCAGAGGACAAGCCCGCGAGUUGACGACGACAUCGUCGAAACAAGAAGUAGUGAGCAAAUCACAUCAACCGCUUUGCUCGAAUUGGAAAGAAGAACAGGCACUAACUCUCACGCGAAGCAGGAGCAGCAGCAGCAUCAGGGGUCGCAUUCUAGUAAAAAAGACGAUGCUGGUGAGCAGAUCUCCUUCUCCGGAGAGGAUGGCGACGAGCAGCGGGGUGGAGGCACCGGCGACGAACAGCGGGGACGUGGCACCGGCGACGAGCAGCAGGGCGGCGAUGGCGAUCCUGGAUCAUUUUCAGGCGGAACGCCCGGAUCAUCUGGCCCUGGAGACGGAGAAGCUGGAGCCUCUACUCCGGGACCAUCUCCAUCUCCGCUUCCACACGGACCGAGCCAGGUGUUCGCGCCUGCUGCUCCUGCACCAUCGCCGGGGGAGAGUACGCGUACGCCGCCGCUAAUGGACGGCAACAUUGCGCAGCAGGUUCCUCAAGGAGCCGAGGCAACUACGACCACGGCGACCUCGACGAAGUUUCCUGCUGACCAUCCCUUCUCCGACACGGAUCUCAUGCCUCUUUCCUGCGAGAAAUCGGACUGGACCACACAAGGGUAUACACAGAAAAUCGAAAAUAAUUUUAUUUCCGUACAAGAACAUGAACAGUUGCGGUUUCUGCAUGACAAGACCAGCCACUUCCGUCCUGUAGUUCAGAAUGUUGACAAGUGGCACAGGAGAACUCUACUCACGUUCAUCUUGAAAAAUAAAUUUGUGAUGCGUGGUUUUACACAACAUGUAGUAUGGGAAUGAGAAACUGUUUCCAUUGCAUAAAGAGGAAAACGAAGACACCGACUUUCUUUUCGGAGAUCUCUGUGCGAUUGAUCUGACGCCGGGAAGAAAUACUCCGACGGAAGCGGAACUGAAAGAAAUUCCAGUAGACACGAUCACCGGACACAGACCAACGGAGGACGAAAAAACGAAAUACGCAAAACAGUGCUCCGACCUACUGGGAAAAGCGAACCAAUUGCGCACGGAGUUCGAAACGGUUUCAGCACUGGACAACAUCCCGGUGAACCAAAUGGAGUUCGACGGCCCGGAGCAAGUGUUCAUGCGAAACUACUUUUACCCAGUCGACGUUUCUAGCAGCUUCGUUGCGAACUUGAAUUCCGGACAGGGAAUCGUGAAGCCAAAUAACGAGAACUUCAUGUGGAUGUGCAAAUUUAUCUGCGACAAGAUGGACGAUUGCAACGUUUUCACGUACGUUAGCACGCAGGCAGACGAGGGCAAAGAUCAGUCGAACGGCUUGAAGUACUACUGUUGGCCGAAGGGAAGCACCACCAGCGGCCCGCUACGACCGCAAGACACCUUCUACCCGCGGUACGGGUGGUAUUCGAGCCUUUGCAAAACCAGGUACGACCCCAAUUACGUGCGACCGAUCGGUGGGGAGAGUUGCAGCAACGAGCUUCUUGGGCGGAAGGGCAGGAUGACCGACGAGUGCGUACGAAAUGAGUGCGUGGAACGCGUUCAGCAAUUUAGUAAUGGAGAAUCCAGCUACACAAACAACCUCGCAGUGUACCCGGUGAGUGCGAAUGAUCCGGAAAGUUACGAUCACGAAGUCACGAGGGUAACGACGUGUUGUUACAGGGAUGUUAGUGUCCAAUGCAAAAGUAUCUUCGUACUUGUGUAUUAAGUGCGAGCCUUGCAUUACAGGUCUGCUUUCCUACGUGAAUCUGCAUGACCAAAAACUUCAUUUUCAUCUUAAUUUUUCUAGGAAAAACUUGUCAUGCGUUUGUUUUAUGCUAAAUUACGAUACUUUUGCAAUCCAUAGACACUAAGCCUGACACCUGUCCAACCAGUUCGACCACGGUUGCGCCAGGAGGAAUCACGAUGGACCCAGCAGCUGGGAAACUCAAGCCUUUUACACCGAACAGCAAUUUAACGGCCCAGGGCGGGGGCGAGGCGGGUGAACAAAAUACUAUCAAAUGUAAAAAUGUCUGGGUCUGGAAAAAUCCAAGUUGUCGUGCUGAUUUUGGAUUUUAAAAAAAUCUGUAUUGCAUGAUCAGCAAAGAGACUCCAAGUUUUGCUGCGCGGAAAGAGCAUUUGUCAUGCGGUAUAGGCAUCAGGAAGCCCUCACAAAAUCUGUGAUGCUAUGGCAUGCAUCACAGACAUCAGGAGUCAUGCAAAAUGUGCAUGACAAACCUGGCAUUCUUCCAGACCCAGACACUUUUGCACAUGAUAACUACAUUGACCGAGCAAUCCAACACCAACCUAGAUUCCCCCGCCGGCCUGGACACGGGCUGCAUCCCCUGGUGGGGCUGGAUCCUGAUCGCCCUCUAUGCAUUGCAAAAGUAUCGUACUAGUACAAAUUGCAUCACAAAUUUUUUCAAGAAGAAAAAUGGAAUUUGUAAUGCUGAUUUACCUAAAAAGGGAUGUUUGUCAUGCAUGAUAGCAAUUACUACGAGUGCGAUACUUUUGCACAGGAUGCCCUCAUUGUCGUCUCUAUUCUCCUUUGGUGCCUCUACCACUGCUGUGCCAAAGCUUUCGCACAGGAGAAAGGAGUUACGGCCCCUCCGGCCGAGGUAGAUGUUGGGGAAGAAGAUAACACGACUACUGUCACGGACAUCACCGAAGAUACUACGACAGAGCCGGAGGUUCUUCCUUCCGUGAGCUACCUGCCUUCCAAGCCGCCGAAAAUAAGCAAAAAGGUGAAGAAAAAGAAGAAGAAGAUUACGUCCGCCGUCAUGCCUGCGCCGGUCGUUCUUAUGAAGACAGCGAGUUUCGAAUCGAAGGGACCAGCAGGACUCGAAAGUCUCAACGUGAAAGAUUUUGAAGACUUCGUCGAGCAUCCGCCGCCGGAGCCGCCGCAGGUGCCCAGCCUUGACGUGGAACCGGGGCAGUAUCCACAAUUGAAGCCGCCGAAGGCGUUGGAAAAGAAAAUCAAAGUCAAGCUAUGGAAGCGUCAGCAUCGAAAUCGGCAAAGUUGAAAUAGUUUGUGAUGCAUAAAAUGCAACGCACAAACUGCCUCUAUUGCGGAGGGCGCAAGGGGUGCAGAUUCGGUUGUAAGCCUGUCGAGGGGUAGAAAUUGAGCUGCUAAAGUAGGGCAUGACAAAAGGCGUCUUCCUUACCAGAACAGCAUUACAGACUCGAUUUCACUUCUACCCAAAUUUGUCAUGCGCCAGUUGAAAACUAGGCGCCAACUGGUAUCCGUUUUAUGCAUCACAAAUUAUUUCAACUCUGACGAUUUCGAUCCUGACACUCCAUACAAGCUGCCCCUUAAAUACAAGGGGAUUGGUACCACCACCGCGUUUGUUGACGACAUUGAGAAAAAGAAGCAGCACAUGUACCUCGGGGGCGCGAGAACCAUCCCGGGGGACCACGAUGGGCACUCGGACAUGCGGCACGAGGUCUCCGAGACGGUUCUCGGUGCGCCCGUGGAGCACACGCGAAUGACGGCGGCGGGUUUACUGUCGGUAUUGCCCAAGGGGGAGGAGUUUGGAUCAAGUAGAUCUUCGAGGAAAAGCGUUAGUGGAGGUCCGCGGAGUUCGGUGCGGACUAGUUCCAACAUUCGGAGUAGUUCCAUGCGAAGUAAAAGUCCCAGGAGCAGCACAAUAAAACCGCGGAGCAGAAGCAAAACUACUAAAAUGAAAAAUGCCCCCACCCCCAAAGUUGCAAAAAUUUGUGAUGCGAAGGUUCCAAAUCCACAUGAAAACUUUUUGUCAUGCAUGAAAGGAGUAUGAAUCUUUCUGAUACAGAGUCUAGGCAUGUAUCGCAUCGCUUGCAUGACAAGCGCCGCUCUUGCUGGGGUCUUUCGCAAUGCAAAUUUUCUCUAUUCACGAUUGCAAACCUGUGAUGCUGAUAGAUGCAAGAGGGCGAAUGUUUCAUUUGGAAAGGUUUGCAAGACAAAGCUCCCAAGUUCGGGGGUGGGGGCAUUUUUCACUGUAAUAAGAACCCCGACGAGCGGAGCGCCGGCCUCGACCCGGAAAAGCACGGCUGCGGACGAGUUCAAGUCGGGGCAGCAGAGCGGACUGCAAUCAACAUCGGGAGGACCACGUAGCGGCCGCGAGACCUACAACUCCACCGGAGGUGGAGGCGAACCAACUGGAGCUCCGGUUUCGGAGGAGAUGCUUUUGUCUUCCCGCGAAUCCUUAUGAAAGUGCAGAACUCCCCCUCAUUUGUAUUGCAUGAACAGCAACACAAGAGUGAGCAAGAAUACAGGUCUUGCAUGACAAAUUUGGACAGGAGUGUAGUGCUAUUUGGGCUUCCAGAGAAGCUUGUCAUGCAAACAGUGCCAAGAGGAAGAGCCAUGGCGUAAAUUAGGCAUUUUGCAUGACAAAUGAGGGAGAGGGGGACGAGUUGUGCAGUUCUAUAAUCCUCCCGCUCGUCCGGCCGGUCGUCCACUAAAAAGUCGAUUUUUUCGUCUCGCGCCCGGAAGGCGAAAAUGAAAGCCAAUAUUGUCUCGGCGGUCAGAUCCGGAGCGAGCCCAGGCUCUUCUUCGGGCCUGUUACUCCCUCCAUCUAGUGCGUCGAACAAAAAAAAACGGAGCACGAAAUCUCCCGAGGGGCAAAGCAACCUCUUGCUCUUCCAGAGCAACAGCAGAGAAGCUGGCUACACAUCUUCGGGUGAUCAAGACAGUGGAAUAUCAAGUGGAGGUGAUAGUGUGGGUAGCAAUAAUUCGAGGGAUAUUCUGAGUGAAUAAAACGUCCUCACCCCAUAGUUGUCAAGGUGGGACCCAAUUACUUACAUCCAUGAUACUGUUACAAUAGACAGCUACGUCACGAUCACGAACAGUCUUACACGCGUUCUUCAAAAAUCGUUUUCACUUUAUGUUUAUUGUCUCUAUUGUUGCUUCAUCGUGCAACACUCUUUUUGAAUAUGAUACCCGUCACGCAGGUUUUUCUUGUAUAUUCUGUGUUGUUAGGGGAGGUUAGAAGAAGACUGCUGCCAGCGGUAUUGACCAAAUCUGGACAAAAACUUCUGUCAACUGUAGAUCGUAAUUUGGAUGCAUUUUCAUAUCCUGUACACCACAGCAAGAGACUGGAC